AUUUUUUGUGUCUGCGUUCCCCUGUGAAUGGCUGUCAGCUGGUGUUUGGCAACGCGUAAGUAAUCCACGUUUUGCAGCACUGCCUCGUGUCCACCGCAAUCAGCUGAAAACAAAUGAGUUUUAUUUUUAAAUUUAUUGCCACUUUUGUUCGCAAAAUGCUCGAGCUGUUGCAAUUUGGAGGAAAGACCCUGACGCACACGCUGAGUAUUUAUGUGAAGACCAAUACAGGCAAAACUUUGACAGUGAAUUUGGAGCCACAAUGGGAUAUCAAAAACGUAAAGGAAUUGGUGGCUCCACAAUUGGGACUUCAGCCGGAUGAUCUAAAGAUCAUUUUUGCCGGCAAGGAACUCAGCGAUGCCACAACUAUAGAGCAAUGUGAUCUAGGACAGCAGAGCAUUUUGCAUGCCAUUCGGUUGCGUCCGCCUGUGCAGCGCCAGAAAAUUCAGUCAGUCACUUUGGAAGAGGAGGAACCUUCUCUAAGCGAAGAACCUUCCAAACCCCUAAACGAAACCCUGCUGGACUUGCAGCUGGAAAGUGAGGAAAGGUUAAACAUAACUGAUGAGGAAAGAGCGCGUGCCAAGGCGCACUUCUUCGUCCACUGCAGUCAAUGUGAUAAGCUUUGCAAUGGCAAACUUCGAGUGCGAUGCUCCCUAUGCAAAGGUGGUGCCUUCACUGUCCAUCGAGAUCCGGAGUGCUGGGAUGAUGUCUUGAAGUCGCGUAGAAUUCCAGGUCACUGUGAAAGUUUGGAGGUGGCCUGCGUAGACAACCAGGCUGGGGAUCCGCCCUUCGCCGAGUUCUUCUUUAAAUGUGCGGAGCAUGUUUCUGGUGGGGAGAAGGACUUUGCAGCUCCCUUAAACCUUAUCAAAAACAAUAUUAAAGAUGUACCAUGUCUUGCCUGCACAGAUGUGAGUGAUACAGUUUUGGUCUUUCCCUGCGCCUCGCAGCACGUCACUUGCAUUGACUGCUUUCGGCAUUAUUGUCGCUCACGUUUGGGCGAACGUCAAUUCAUGCCGCACCCAGACUUUGGCUACACUCUACCCUGUCCGGCCGGCUGUGAGCACUCAUUCAUCGAGGAGAUCCACCACUUUAAGCUGCUGACGCGUGAAGAGUACGAUCGUUACCAAAGGUUCGCUACUGAGGAAUAUGUCCUGCAGGCUGGUGGAGUACUUUGCCCGCAACCAGGUUGUGGUAUGGGCCUAUUGGUGGAGCCAGAUUGCCGCAAGGUGACCUGUCAGAAUGGCUGUGGCUAUGUAUUCUGCCGGAACUGCCUGCAAGGCUACCACAUUGGGGAGUGUUUGCCCGAGGGGACGGGUGCAAGUGCCCAGAACUCCUGCGAGUACACUGUGGAUCCGAAUCGAGCUGCUGAGGCGCGAUGGGACGAGGCCAGCAAUGUCACCAUCAAAGUCAGUACCAAGCCCUGUCCAAAAUGUCGAACGCCUACUGAGCGAGACGGCGGCUGUAUGCACAUGGUCUGCACACGCGCUGGCUGCGGAUUUGAGUGGUGCUGGGUCUGCCAGACUGAGUGGACACGCGACUGCAUGGGUGCCCAUUGGUUCGGCUAGUCGCUCGUCGACCCGAAUCGUCCGUUUUAUUUGUUGACUACUUUUAAAUUGUAUACCAUAGUAAAGACUGCUCGAGCAACACCCUG